AUGAAAACGCUGGGCUUCUUCUAUGCCCUGUCUGGUGUCCUCAGUCUCGCCUUCACUGCGGUCCCAACCAGGUGUACCAAAGACGGCGUCUAUUGUCUGAACUCUGCCGGAAUCAACAGCGACGUAUUCAAUAUUCUCACGUGCAAGAACGGCAACACCCAAAUCAUGAGCAAAUGUCUUGCGACGGAAACCUGCAUCGACAACCCCACACCUCACUGCACGCCGAAGAGCAGGCCGCAGAUACCAUCGCUCGUCACGCCCAAGCCUAUUCCCACUAGCGUUCAAUCAAUCACAACCUCGGAUACCAUCCUACCAACUCCGCCAGUUUUCCUUCAGGUCCCAUCCACGGUCGACGACCCCUUCACCAGCAGCACCAACACCAUACAGCUAGCAGCGCGGCAAACCCAAUCACCCUUCCGCAUACUCAUUUUUCCAGAGACGAGUAUACGUGGGAAAGGCACAUCAUUUGACGUCGAUCGUUGCAUCCCGAAUGCCGAGAUCCCGUGGCCGAUCCGCUCCCUGGUUGUGGAACGUUACUUCGAAUGCAUGUUCUGGGAGAGGGAUGACUGUUCAGGGAGAGCGGGUCCGAGACGAAAGGAGGGGAGCGCUAAAGAUCGUAAGAUCAUUGGGGAUGUGAAGCUUGGGUUUGAGAUCAAGAGUUUGAGAUGUCAGGCUGUUCCGGGUUGA